ACUCCGUGCUUCGGUACUCUACUCAUCUAAUUGUACAUGAUUUGUGCAGCGGCAUUAUGUUACCAUGUUACGAGACUCUCAACUCGGCUCUCGGUUGCGUUGCCUUCGACCGCGUUCUGAAGAAAUCCAACAGCGAGGGCAUAGUCCAGUCUACUUGUAUGUAUGCCUUCGACAAAACCACUGCAAGUUAGGCAGCCUGUGGCGCUUUUCACCCUGACAUGCACGCAGUCCCUGCUUCAGGAGCCUCUUGGAAGUAGGGCUCGUUUGCAGCCGAGCUAUCUAUUCAUCCAACAUAGCGGACAAAGACUCCCGCAGACUUGUUGUACGAAGCAGCCCAGUGGGCAAUUGUUGCGAGGCCGGAUCCCCUGGCAUUUUCUAACCGAAUACGAUGUACGCUUUGCACAGCCUCGAGGCCUGGAAGAAUCCGCUCAAGAGUCUCGGACGACUGUAAUCCGUCAGUGUCCAUACCAUGACGACAGGCUGAUGCGGCCACGCUCCACCUUAGCCGGCGUAAGCAAUUGCCUCGCAAAGCUUUAAAGGCCAGAGAAACAUCAUGUUGGCUGGUAAGAAGUAAUUCAGCCGCUGUUGCCGUCCAAGUCGUCUUUGGCCACCAUGACAGUUCCGGUGCGUCCAGCUAUCCUCACCGCCGUCGCGGUACUCCAGCUUGUCCUAAGCUUCAUUGCUCUGAUCCUUGCGGCCUUUUCUGCUGUUUGUUUCGGCGCCGAGUUUGCGUAUGGCGUUGUUUGGUGGUCGUUUGGCUGGACACUGGUCAUUUCUUGCCUUCGCUGGUGGACUCAUGAUCUUCGACGCUCGACCAUAGAACAGCUGGUCCAUCUUGCCUUUGAAGUUUUCACUCUGCUCGACUGGGUGGUCGCCACCGGUGUCCUUGUUUCUUUGAACAUACACUUGCAUCACCUCCGCCAAACAUAUGCAUUCGAUGUCAAGCAUGAUAUCCCACUGACGGGCGAGUUGAUAACGCAUCUAUUUACGAGCGUGGGUAUAGGUGGGCUUUACUGCAGCUAUGCUUUGAAUGCAGUCACGGGUAUAAUCUUCAUAAUGCUUCUGUUCUCGACCUAUGGGAGUAUCAAGCUUCUGAGAAUAUCAAGAGAACAAACAUUGAGCGAGAAUCUUGAGAAAGACGGUUCGUACGAGAAGCUUUCAACGCAGGAGCAACUGGUACGAAAGGUGCCAUCCUACUGAACGAUGCGGACGCUUUCAGAACUUCUUUGCAAGAGCCGAUAAAGGACCAGUUGAACCCUCACAGGGAUGCCGCUCGAUGAUGAAGCCGUUACGACAGUCUCGGAUCCUCAUCCCAACAGCGAAUACCCGAGAUCCUUCCCACUACCCAUCUCCACCAAUCUUUUCCGCAUGGCCUCGGCCCUUUCGCCCUUGCGUCCCUCGAUCGAGAACUGCGCUCUGUCGACCCAGUCUCCAACGGCAUGCUGCAAGACUUGUCGGGCACGCUCGGUUCCAUGGCCUGCCAAUCCCACGGAUCCGUGCAACGUCAUCCGACCCAGCUCCUUGGACGUGUCGAUGCCCUUGUAGACACCUCGAUGAAGGAUGUUGCUGUCGUAAAAGACCGCGUCUCCAGGCUGCAAUUCGACCAGGAGUUGGCCUGGUAGAUUUGGCUCGUAGGGGGCUGCUUCUCUCUCCGUCUCGGUCCUUACUCGCCGAUGACUGCCCGGUACCACAAUGAGAGAUGCGUCUUCAAAAAGCGCAAUGUUAUACUGCGCAUGUAACUGUUGACCCUCGGCGCUUUUAUCCUUGAGCUGUCUCUCUUCUUCUUCAGGCGUCACGUCGGGCCGAAUGUCGUCUCGAUGCCAGCGAAGCUCAAAGUCAACCUGGUCGGCAGGACUGACCAGGAGAUUGAACAGUUCCAUCACAAGCUUGUCGUCGCCUUCCGGGUCGCCCUUGAGACCGACGAGCUCUUUGACCACGUCGAGGAUCUCGUCCGAAAAGUAGACUUCGGCGAAAGUGUCUCGGACGUUCAUGUCCGGGUGAAGCAAAUGCUGGACGCCCCAUAUGUUGUCGCCUGGUUGCCAUUCCUGCCAGGGUGGGUAUUGCUUGGGCACGGUGCGCACGUAUGGCCAUUUACCGUUCCUUGCCCGCUCGGUGGUGUACUUGCAAGAUGCUUUUAGCGCCAACACGACGUGUGGUGGCAGCAGAUGCGGGAUCUUGACAAAGCCGUCUUUGCGUAGGGCGUCGAGAUAUGGGGUGGAGGACACCAUGGUUUUUUUGUGUCGAGCUUCUUGUCGGGGAAGCCCGCCACGCGCCAGAUGUAGGAUGGGACAAUGUACAAGAAACUCGAGUAUGAG